CCCCCCUCACCUUUUCUUUUUUAUGCCUUAGAAAAAAAGAAUCUUUUUUGAAGGGUUUAUCUUCAUGCCCUUCACAAAUAUGUCUCUCCCCAUCGUCCUGCUCUCGCUGGUUAGCAUUCCCUUUUUGGCCCAUUCAGCCCCUUCUCAGCCUAGAGGCACGUUGGUAAGCUGCGGCUCGUCGACGAAACAGUCAAUACCCGACACCAGCCUCAGUUACAUCCCCGACGACGGCUUUAUAAACGUUGGGAACAAAACAACUCUCGAAAGCAAUGAUUUGCUGCCGAUCCUAUCCACGCUACGAUAUUUUCCCCAGAAAUCGGCGAGGAAAUAUUGCUACACGUUCCAAGUGAUAAGGGGAGGGAAAUACUUAGUGAGGACGAUUUAUUUUUACGGAGGUUUCGAUGGAGGGAAACAGCCGCCGGUGUUUGAUCAGAUCAUCGGAGGAACAAAAUGGAGCGUGGUGAACACGACGGAGGAUUACGCCAACGGGAUGUCGUCGUAUUAUGAGAUUAUCAUCGGAGCUCAUGCGAAGACGUUGAGUGUUUGUGUGGCGAGAAGUAAUCAAACGGCGGCGAAUUCAAGCCCGUUUAUAUCCGCCAUUGAAGUUCUCUCGUUAGAGGAUUCCAUGUAUAAUUCUACUGAUUUUCGUACCGAAGCGUUGGUCGCUGUUGCGAGAAGUGCGUUUGGGAAUGAAGAUAGCAUAAGCUUUCCAGAUGAUCCAUACUACCGAUUAUGGCAACCAUUCACAGACAAGAACGAAGUCGUUUCGACCCAAACAAGUGUAAGCAGUUCGGAUUUUUGGAACAAGCCACCGGAGAAAGCGUUCUCAAAGGCGAUCGCCGCAGGUGUGGGGAAGAAACUCGAGAUUCAAUGGCCGUCAGGAUCACUUCAGAGCACUAGAUACUACGUUUCACUGUAUUUCCAAGACAAUCGGGCGGCGAGCGCCAAUUCUUGGAGAGUGUUCAGUGUUGCGGUAAAUGGGAAGACUUUUUACAAUAAUCUUAAUGUCUCAACUGGCGGCGUGACUAUUUAUUCAGCGGAAUGGCCAUUGUCAGGGCCGACUAAAAUUACCUUGACUCCUGACGCUAAAAGCUCCGCCGGGCCGUUGAUCAAUGCCGGUGAAGUUUACCAGAUUCUGCCUUUUGGUACAAGGACUCUUGCAAAAGAUGUGGCAGUAAUGGAGGAACUGGCUAGAAACCUCGACAACCCUCCACUUGAUUGGGUAGGUGAUCCAUGCUUGCCCCAAGAAAACUCAUGGACCGGAGUUUCUUGUUCCAUAAAAGAUACCGUUGCUAGAAUUAUCUCUUUGGAUCUUACAAAUGCUGGGAUAUCUGGCACUCUACCUCUAACUAUAGACAAUUUAUCUACACUCCACCAUCUUUGGUUAGGGGGAAAUAAAUUCUCUGGUUCGAUCCCCGAAAUGAAUUCGUUGCUUAAGCUUGAAACUUUGCAUUUGGAGAACAACAAUUUUACUGGGGAAAUCCCUCAAUCAUUAGGGAAACUUCCUUCUCUUCGUGAAGUGUAA